AUUGCUGACGAUGCUAUCCAAGAAGCGAGACCCUCGCUCCAGAAGAAAGCAAGAAAAUGUUGAAGCACGCGCUUGAGCGCCUUCUGAGAAACUCGGAGAGAAAUUUACGAUCUUCGUUCUCGCUAUCAUCAUCAAGAAUUAUGAGACGGAGGAGUUUGUGCACGAAAGCUGCCCGAGCAGAGAUUGGAAGGGAGAGAGCAGAGUGCGUGGUGAUUGGGGCCGGUGUGGUCGGACUAGCAGUGGCCAGAGAGCUCGCUCUCAGAGGCAAGGAAGUACUGGUUCUCGAUUCCGCCCCCACUUUCGGCACCGGCACCAGCUCUCGCAACAGCGAAGUCAUCCACGCCGGCAUUUACUACCCUCCCCAUUCUCUCAAGGCAAUUCUCUGUGUAAGAGGAAGAGAAAUGCUGUACAAGCUCUGCUCUGAGCAUGACAUUCCUCAUAAACAAAUUGGUAAGCUCAUAGUUGCCACUGGAGCCUCAGAGAUUCCAAAGUUGAAUAAUUUAAUGAAUCUUGGAAUUCAGAAUGGGGUUGAUGGCUUGAGGAUGAUAGAGAGUUCUGAAGCCAAGAUAAUGGAACCUGAACUGCAAUGUGUCAAAGCCUUACUAUCACCUGUUUCUGGGAUUGUUGAUACUCAUUCCCUAAUGCAAUCUCUAGUGGGGGAAGCUGAAAGUCAUCGAACAACCUUCUCCUUUAAUACUACCGUCAUUGGUGCCCAUCUCGAAAGAAACAACUUGUGCCUCCAUGUUUCUGAUACAAAACGCCUUGAGAACUUGAAUGGAAGAUUUCUACUGCACCCCGACCUAGUACUCAUUCCAGAGCUUGUAGUGAACUGCACAGGCUUGAGUGCACCUGCCCUUGCAAAGAGAUUUGAUGGCCUGCAUAGUGGAGUUAUCCCCCCUGCAUAUUAUGCCCGGGGCUGCUAUUUCACACUAUCUAGUACCAGGAAUCCUCCUUUCAGUCAUUUGAUAUACCCAAUACCAGAAGAUGGUGGCCUUGGAGUGCAUGUUACUGUGGAUCUGGAUGGGCAAGUAAAGUUUGGUCCAGAUGUUGAAUGGAUCAAAGGUAUAGAUGAUAUUUCAAGCUUCCUGAACAGGUUUGAGUAUUCUGUAUGCCCUGAUCGUGCCAAGCGAUUUUACCCAGAGAUAAGAAAGUACUACCCGAAUCUGACAGAUGGAUCUCUAGAACCGGGAUAUGCUGGGAUUCGACCUAAACUGGCAGGACCUCAGCAGUCUCCUGUUGAUUUUGUAAUACAGGGUGAAGACGCUCAUGGGAUACCUGGUCUUAUUAACCUUUUUGGGAUUGAGUCACCUGGUUUGACUUCAUGCUUGGCAAUUGCGGAACAUAUUGCUGCUAGAUUCUCGAGAUAAAUUACUUGAUAAGAUGGGAUGUCCAUUCUGUAAUUUAUAUAUAUAUUUGAACGAAAAGAUCUGUUGAUCAUGCUUCUAUAUGUCGUAUGCUGAUCAAGCCUACGGCUUGGUGAUCGUAAGGUAUUUUUUCCAUUUCAGUGAGCAUUCUGAUUUAGGUAUUGGAACAAAAUAUAUCGAUUAAGAGUUCCCAUUAUAUUAAGUGUAAAAAAUUCAUGUUCCAAGAAUUGUUAAACUUCACCUUUUGUUUUUGUACAAGAAGUUGGCAACUUAUCCUUUGUUAUGCCAA